GCGGCUCAGCGGCAGCAGACGGCGGAAGGUCGCGCCGGACGCCGCCAUCUUGAGCCGCCCACGUGAGCCCCGGUGAGGCGGGCGGGCGCGCGCAUGCGCAGCCCUUGUCCCAUCCCUCGCGCUCUUCCGUUGGGCCCACGCAGUGGAAGGGCGCGGAGCAUGCUGUCCCUCCUGGCCAGGGCCGCCGCCGGGCCGCUCCGCCCGCUGGGCCGCUCGCCCUUCAGUUCCCUGGCCCCGUGGUGGCGGGCGGCGGCGCUGCCCGCGCCGGUGAGCCGUGUCCCGCUGCUGUGUUGCGGGGCGGCCGCCCCCCGUGCCCUGCUGGCCGUCCCGCUGCCGGCCGGGCCGCUGCUGCCGCUCGUGGCGGGGCUGAAGACGAAAACCUCGCUGAAGAGGCGCUGCAAGGACUGCUUCAUCGUCCGGCGGCGGGGCCGGCUCUACGUCCUCUGCAAGACCAACCCCCGGCACAAGCAGCGGAAGUUGUAGCCCCGCGGCCGGGAACCUCUCCAGGCUGGGAGCGACGCGGCGAGACCCCGGAGGGGAGAGAAGGAAUGCGGUGUUCGCCUGUCGGGCCUGGAGCCCCAUUGUGUGUGCCCCUGCCAGCGGGACCGCUCCCUCUCCCCCGGCUGCCCCGUGACUUCUGAGAGCUGACUGCUGGGGACACCAGUCGCACGAUGGUGACAAAGUUUCAUCUUAACACUUUCGUAGAGCGAGUUAAGGUCUUGGUGGCCCUUGCUGUAACGUCACAUAAUGGAUGCUGAGAACUGAGAUGGGAAGCUCUUAACUUUCAGAACCUCUUGUUGUCUUAGCUGUGAAGCCUUACAGUCACCUCACAGAAUCGCAGAAUAUCUGGGAUUGGAAGGGACCUCAAAAGAUCAUCUAGUCCAAUCCCCCGGCCGGAGCAGGAACACCUAGAUGAUGACCUUACUGUUAAUUUAGUAAGGGUAAAACUGAAUCAUCAGACUGUGGGUUGCAUUUGUGUUUAAUUAAAGAAAAAUGAAAAUAAAUGUUGCUGAUUGUGCAUUAUUACAAUAUACAAUGAAUCUUUCUUUAAACCCUACUUGUUGAAAGAUGUAAUAACAGAACCAAUACUUUUAAAUUCAGGUGGGCUUUUAAGUGGCAAAUAAAUAUGUGACAUGAAAAGAU